GGCACGCCCUAUAAAUUGAGGGGCGCCGUUGGGUUCUCGACCUUUCCUUCGUCGCCAAGCACUCCAUCUACCUUUAGGAGAGCCAAGCAAAAUAAAGGAAAAAAGAUCUCUGCCAGGAAGCCAGUAUAGGAAACCCUCGAAGAAUAUCGCAGCCGCUAAGAAAAGACUAAAACCCUCGAAGAAUAUCGCAGCCGCCAGGAAAAGACUAAAGGGAACCUAGAAGAAGAUCCCAAGAAGCGGAGAAGAGUAGAGAUGGCCGAGCCAGAGAGAGUUUGGAGCAAGAAGGGCUGGGUGUAUUGAUUGCAUCAGGUCACUAGGAAGAAGAGAGUCCGAAGGAGUCCUAAUGGGCCUAAUUCCAUUACAGAAACUAUUGCCCGGUGGAGAGAGCAUAACCGCCAACUGGGGUGCUCUUCCAGUGGCGAGAAACGGAGAGCACCUGCAAAGGGUUCAAGGAAGGGUUGCAUGAAAGGCAAAGGAGGGCCAGACAAUCCUCAAUGCAAGUAUCGUGGUGUAAGGCAGCGUACGUGGGGCAAGUGGGUUGCUGAAAUCCGAGAACCCAAUCGUGGCAGUCGCCUGUGGCUAGGGACUUUCCCUACCGCCCUGGAAGCUGCUCUUGCUUAUGAUGAAGCUGCAAGAGCUAUGUAUGGCCCCUAUGCCCGUCUCAAUCUCCCGCAGUUCGAUGAUGAUGCCAGUGCUCACGUGACAACUUCAGGAUCAUGCGAAUCUACCGCCACAUCACAUGACUCCGAUGUCUCUGAUGUUUGGAACCCUCGGGCACCUGAGGUCAAAGUUCCCAAGAAAGAACCAGAGGAGAUUAGAAAUGAUAGCCUGCUGCCUGCACCUGUUGGGGCUGCUACAAACAUGAAGGAGGAGCCUGGUGAGGAAUUGUUUGGUCCCCUGGAUCAGCUGGAGGAUCUUCCUGAAGACAUGUUCAACGUUGGAGACAUGUUGAGGAUGAUGGAUGCUGACCCAACAAAUAAGGGCGUCGGUGGUGAGGGUAUGGAUGACAGCACCGGCCAUUCUGAUGCUGUUGCUGAUACUAGCUGGCAACUUAGCAGCCCUUCAGUUUUCUCAUUCCAGUUGCAGAAUCCAGAUGCCAAGUUGCUGGGAAGUCUGCAUCAUAUGGAUCAAAGCCCUAGUGACAUGGGUUACGGUUAUGAUGAUUUUGUCAAACAGCUGGAGCAGGAUUGGGGAUAUGGGCUGCCGGAUGAUAUGGGGAUGUGGGAGUCGGGCUUGUUUUAACGUGAUUCUGAGGGAGGCUGAGUGAGGUGAAGUAUGUGGGCGUGGUGCGUCAUGGGCAUCCCUAGUCGGGCUUGUUUUAAGGUGAUUCUGAGGGGAGGCUGGGUGGGGUGGAGCACAUGAGCAUGGUGCUUCUGUCCCGGCUGUUCUCUCAACCAAAGUUCUAUUGAAGUAGUAUGGGGUCCUGACAUCAGACCGUUCUUUUAUUCAUGAAAACUGACGGGAUUUAGCUAGUUCUCACUGUUUUUUUUUUUAAGAAUGGGGACUCAGCAUUUGGAACUGUCAGUGUGACUUUGUCUGUCAUCCGUUCUGCCUUUUUUUUGAUAUUAUAUUGUUGGGAGAAAACUAAAUCAUAUGCGUGGAUCACUGUACGUUAGGGCUUUCUAAGCAUCGAGUUUAUCAACUCUGUAUAUUACGGUAUGAGGUUUACAAGAAAGUCAAGUAGUAGCUUGACGUCUGUGUAUAAUCAGGUGGCUGAUGGAAAUACAAAUUUUGUGCUUUUGAAUUUU